CGGUAAACAGUCCGUGCGCGCCAGUCUUGUUUCCCAGCGGAUCCGGUUCGGUCGAGCGUACGCGUGUUCACAUCGCACACAACACAACAUCGGUCCCGUCCGCGUUUGCUAGAUUCUUUGCGCUCACACCGUUUUUUUUUUUUUUACUGCGCGGCACGCCCGCGUGCGAUCCCGACCCUUUGCCCUCGGCUCCACAGCAGUCGCGUCGUCCACCGAUCCGGCGCGUCCCUCGGCUCCGGAACAGGUGCCGCCCGAACAGCAGUCCCGUCCGUACUUGCGCGCGAGUGCAAUGACCGCGUGAACGGCACGCAGCCGACGUACACGCGUGACGCCCGUGAAAAGAACUCGCGCGCUCCAGAAAUGCAGUCCAAGGACGCGCGGUUACGCCGCUCCGACGCUUCGCUGAUCCUGGCGUUGGCGCUGGUGCUCGCCGCUUCGAUCUCCGCCCAGGACACCGUCAAAAACUCAGACGGAGGCGGCGGCGGUCACAACGACAAGACGCUGUACCCGCAGAUAUUCAACGUGGCUUCGCGGGCCUCGGUGACGGCGAACGCCACCUGUGGCGAAACGGAGAACGGACCAGAAGUGUACUGCAGAUACGGCUCGGCGCAGCAGUGCGGCGUGUGUGACGCCAGGUCCGGCGACCCGGCCAAGACCCAUGGACCGGCCAACGCGGUAGACAACGCGACCGGCACGUGGUGGCAGAGCCCUUCGCUGCACAACGGCGACCGGUACCAGUACGUGACGAUCACCGUCGACCUGAAACAGGUUUAUCAAGUGUCGUCGAUUAUUAUUAAAUUUGGUAUUUCGCCGAGACCCGGCAAUUGGAUUCUGGAGAGGUCGACAGACGGUGGCAUGCAAUACAAGCCAUGGCAGUAUUUCGCCAUCAACGGCGACGAAUGCGUCCAGAAAUACAACGUACAACCUUCUUUCUACAAAGAUAAAAGUGUGCAGAUUCGUCGGGAUCCCACUUGCAUCACUUCAUUUUCACGUUUCAAACCCCACGAAAACGCAGAAAUCCACAUGAACCUUCUUAAGGGACAAAACACCAUUAACAUGUCGUUAGCUGAAGUUUUCGAAUUUUCCACUGCCCAAUAUAUCCGACUGAGACUGCAAAAAAUCAUUUUUCCCAACGACAAGAUGGCCAUGCUAGACAAUUCGUUUAAACGAAAACUGUUCUAUUCGAUCAAAGAUAUAUUGAUUGCUGGGAGAUGUAUUUGCAACGGCCAUGCAAGGAAAUGUAAACAGAUGUCAGAAAAUUCAGAACCCAGUUGCGAUUGUCUUCAUAAUACGUGUGGCCCGAGGUGUGACAGAUGUUGUCCGUUGUACAACCAGCGGCCGUGGAAGUCCGGUCCGACUUCUUGCGAGAAAUGCCAAUGUCACGGCCAUGCUACGGAAUGCCAAUACGAUCCGAUCGUGGACGCAGAGAAGUCCAGUCUGGACAUCUACGGGACGUAUUCCGGAGGCGGAUUUUGCAUAAAUUGCACCAAACACACGACGGGCACGAAUUGCGAAGUGUGCGAGGCCGGAUGGUAUCGUCCGUACGACGUCAGACCCGACGAUCCAGUACCGUGUUUGCCUUGCGACUGUCACCCCGUCGGGUCCGACGGCAACGUGUGCCUACCCGACAAGGAUACUGGUACGGGACUGUGCAACUGCCUGAAAGGGUACGGUGGCGCCAAGUGUAACGAAUGCGCCCCCGGCUACAACGGGUUCCCGGACUGCAAGCCGUGCGCCUGCGACGAACGAGGGACCAAGACGGCGCCGUUGUCGUGCGACAACCAAUGCGACUGCAAAGAACACGUAACGGGAGAUGGUUGCGACAAGUGUGAGGCGGGAUAUUUCAAUUUGCGAGCCGCGAACCCGGAAGGCUGCGAAAAGUGUUUCUGCUCGGGCGUGUCGACAGUGUGCACGGCCGCCACCGGCUUGAGAGAAUCCCGGAUCGACGAAACCGAGGGAUGGCUGAUAACGGAUCUAAAACUGUCCAAGACCGUGUUCCCGUCGACGGACCCAGCUACGGGACAAACGAUGAUCAGCACUUUCGACAUGCCGGUCGACGUCGACACGUUUUACUGGUUAACACCGAGUCGGUACGCCGGCAACAAGCUGUCGGCUUACGGUUCCAGUUUGCACUUCAGCAUUUCGUGGGUCGUCAUGCGAGGUGAUUCCAGCGGUCGACAAAUGAUUGAUCCCGACGUCAUUAUAAUCGCCAAAGAAAACAUUUUGAUCGCUUACGGCGGCAAGAGCUUCAGGACUUCCAACACGAUUACUGGCGAUGUGAGAUUAACGGAGGACGAUUGGUUUUAUGUGACGAAAGAUUUCAAGAACCUCGAAACACCGAUCGACAACACUCAAGUGUCUCGCGACGAAUUCUUAUCGAUCCUGUCCGAUAUAAAGCACGUGCUGAUCAAAGCGAAGUACCACACCAAUCAAGUUGAAUCGAGUUUAAUCAAUGCGUACAUGGAUAUGGGAGACGUAAACGGAAGUGGACGGACGGUCGACGGAAUAGAAAAUUGUACUUGCCCAACAGGAUAUUCGGGAAUGUCUUGUGAAACAUGUGACUACGGUUAUGUGAAACAAAUCGAUCCGUUUUCAACGAACAUAGUUUGCAAAAAGUGUAACUGUCACAAUCAUUCGCCGGAAUGUGACCAAAUGUCAAGCCAUUGUUCGAUAUGUGAACACAACACAACCGGACCGCAGUGCAAUGAGUGCAUUGUUGGUUUCUACGGAAACGCAAUUGAUGGCACGCCGAAUGAUUGUAAGAAAUGCGCUUGCCCUUUGGAGGAGAGUACGAACAAUUUCAGUCCCACUUGCAAAUCAAAUGACGACGGGGGUUAUGUUUGCACUGAUUGUCCUGAGGGAUACACCGGUGACCACUGUGAAAUGUGUGCUCCAUCGUACUACGGAAACCCAUUAAUAGUCGGUUCGACUUGUAAACCAUGCGAUUGCAACGAAGCGCCUUGCGAUAACCUGACGGGACAAUGCAUAAAUUGUCUCGGGAACACCAUUGGAUGGAACUGUAAGGAAUGCAAACCUGGACAUUUUGGAAACCCCAUUAUCUCUGACUGCAGACCAUGCGAUUGUAAUCCUAUCGGAUCAAUUGUCACUGACUCUUGUAAUGUAAAUACGGGUCAGUGUCAGUGCAAAGAAAAUUUUACCGGAAGGACAUGUGAUCGUUGUGUGGAUGGCUUAGGUAAUACAACUGCUGAAUGCGUGGAGUGCAACUGCAAUCUUACUGGAUCUAUAUCAGAUUUAUGUGAUCCCAGAUCUGGAUUAUGCCCGUGUAAAAAGGGUGUAACGGGAGAAAAUUGUGAUGCGUGCAGUGACGGUUUCCAUAAAUUUUCAACUCAUGGUUGUAUCGAAUGUCAGUGUAAUUCCACAGGAAGUAGCAAUAAUAUUUGUGAUCCUACAACUGGCCAAUGCAAUUGCCGAUCAAACGUUAAAGGUGAUCAAUGUGAUUCUUGUAGUGAAGGGUUUUGGAAUAUUUCUGAGGCGGGUUGUCAAAAGUGUAAUUGUGACAAAAUAGGUGCUCUUAAUGAUAUAUGUAAUCCUUUAACUGGACAAUGUACUUGUAAGCCAGGAGUUGAAGGUCAAUUAUGUGAUCAGUGUCAGUCAAACUUCUAUGGAUUUUCAAUAUUGGGUUGUUCAGAAUGUGAAAUAUGUGAAAAACCAGGACAUACGUGUGAUUUGGAUACCGGAAGAUGUGUGUGUCCUCAAUUAACAGAAGGACCGAAUUGUAGUACAUGUUCGGCUAAUGCUUUUGGUUGGGAAGUCAACAAAGGGUGCCAAGAAUGUCAUUGUGAUUCAUUUGGAUCAUACAAUGGACUUUGCAAUAAUGAAACUGGAUCAUGUGUCUGUCGUACUGGUUAUGAUGGUCUAAAAUGUGAUAAAUGCUCAUUCGGUUAUUAUGGAUACCCCAGAUGCCGACCAUGUGCUUGUAAUUAUGGUGGAAGUGAACCAAAUAAAUGCAAUGGAACAUUGUGUGAUUGUGAUGAAUUUGGACAGUGUGAAUGCAAGAGUAAUGUUUAUGGUAAACGAUGUGAUCAAUGUAAAGAAGGAACUUUUGCACUCAAUCCGAUUAACACUGAUGGAUGCAUCCCAUGUUUCUGCUUUGGUAGAAGUAACUCCUGUUCAGCUGCUGGUCUAACAUGGAAUCAAAUUCAAUUGCCACAAACGCGUACUUUGUCCAUACACUAUGAUACCAAUAACAGCACUUUGUACCGAGAGGGUGAUUACCCGGUCAAUAUUCAAGAAAUAUGUUAUAUUAAUCUUGUGAAUCCAGACAAUACAGGAUUAAAACCCAAUAAAGAAGAACGGAAUCAACUUAAUGUCACAAAUAAUCUUAGAGUUAUCCCUGGAACUAUAAGUAACGUUGAAAUUGGAGUAAAAUAUUUGUUUGAUACACCUGUUUAUUGGCAACUUCCAAAACGAUUCACUGGAGAUAAGAUACUGUCAUAUGGUGGUCACAUACGGUUCACUAUUGAUGCAGAAGGAGGAAAUACUCUAUUUCCUCAAUUCAUCCUCACUUCAUAUCCGCUGAUUCAAAUUCAAGGAAAUGAUCAUAUAAUAUUGGAACAUUUUCCGGAAACCAUUAACGUAGGGACAUCAAGUCAUCAAGUGAGGUUGCACGAGUCUCUUUGGCAAGUAAAAAAUAAUCCACGUGCCAAAGUCAGCAGAGAAACACUAAUGCUUGCUCUGCAAAACAUUAAGUAUAUAUUUAUCAGGGCCACCGAUUCGGUAGAUUUUACCAAAGCUACUUUAAAAGGUGUUACAUUAGACACUGCCAUAAUGGCUGAAAAGAAAACCAACCACUUGACCACUUCUCAGAUGGUCGAAGUUUGUGACUGUCCGCCGGAGUAUAGUUCUUCCUCUUGCCAAGACCCGAAUUUGGGAUAUUUCCGUUAUUAUAACACUUCAGCCAGCGCCACGAUAAUAAUACAAACAGUCGGUGAAGCUCGCCAAUGCGAAUGCAACGGACGGUCUAAUAUCUGUAACGUUGACACUGGACAUUGCAGGAACUGUUCGCAUAACACCGGCGGCGCUCAUUGUGAAGUGUGCGCUGAAGGGUACUACGGAGACCCGUCCACUGAUGGCUGCAAACCGUGUGCAUGCCCAUCAGUAACGAAGAACUACGCUCAAUCGUGUGAAAUCGAUUUCGAUGGAAAACUAAUUUGCCGCUGCAAACAAGGUUACAAAGGAAGCAUGUGUGAUCAAUGCGAAUACGGUUGGUUCGGAUACCCUCGCGAAGAAGGCGGCAAAUGUGAACCGUGCCGUUGUAAUAAAUUUGGCAUUGUAAGCGACGAAUGUGAUGAAGAAACUGGUCAGUGCAACUGUAUGCCCAACAUUACUGGUAGAGACUGUUCAGUGUGUCAAGAUAAACACGUUUUGACCAGCAAAGGGUGUACACCGUGUGAAGAUAAAUGCAUUGACACGUUGUUAAACCAUGUAGCUACACAAAUUAAAACUCUAAAUGAAACCACUCUUCAUCUAUCUGAAGGAAAGAUAUCUCCUCCUUGGUCUCAAUUAUCUCUAGUUAGAGAUAAUGUGACAUUACUAAAUAACAUGUUGAACACAUCAAGUCAAGUGAAUCUAAAACUUGUCAGUCUCUCUGAAGAAGUAGAACAAAAUCUUAAGAAAAAAUCUAAAUAUUCUUUUGUUAAAGCAAAAAAGUUAUUGAAAUCAUCUCAAAUUAAUGAAAAUGAAGUAGAACCUCUUCGCGAGUUAGCUGAAAGCAGAUUAGCCAAUAGUGUAUCACUCGAGAGAGAAGUAGAUGAACUGGUUAAUAGCUUGCAAAGUUAUAACUUUGAAGAUCGAUCACAUGUUAAUAUAAUAAGUACAAUGAGAGAAGCCAAAAAUUAUCUAAAUAAACUAAAUAGUAUUGAUUUUGGUCCUACUAUUGAACCUCAAGCUACAUUAAAAACUUGUUCGAAUGCAAUGCAAAAUCUCCAGUUGAAUAGUGGCAGUCAAGCUCAAACCAAAAAUCUUCGUCAUAAAUUCGAAACUUUAUUAAAUCAAGUAAAAGAUUUUGACACUAUAUUGCUGAACAUUUCUGAUACUUCGGAAUUAGCAACUCAACUAAAACAAAAAAAUUCGCAAUCGUUGAAAAAACUAAAUCAAAUGAUAGAAGAUAUAAACAAUCUUGAUUUAAUGUUCAACAAAAUGCAAGGAGAGACUGAAAUGUUAGUGAAAGAAGCUCGAGAAAAUUAUAUAUCAACAUUAAACAACUUUGAGGAAUUGUUAUUGAUUAAACCGAAAUUCGAUAGCAUCAAGAAGAAUUUAAAUAAAAGAAAAGACUCAAAUCCUCAAUUUGACGAUGAUCAACUUCUGGUCAACUCAGCUGAUUUACAUGCUAGUUAUCUAUUGCAGACCGCUCAAAAAUAUUCAGAGAUUUUUAAACCAAUCAGACACGAUGCUAAUAUUGCACUAGAGGCAAGCAAUGCAUACUUGAACAUUGUUGAUUCUCUCAAAUUAGCUCGUAAUGCAGCCAUAAAUUCCAGUAUUUUAGCGGAUGCAUCAUUCAGAACUGCUUAUCCAGGAGUAUAUCAAGAAUCGUUGAUUGACAAAGCAAAAACGUCUGAGGAAUUAUCCAAACUAGUCUAUAAGAAUACUUUGGACACUAAAAAUAUGGUUGAUUCAAUUCAGUCAGAUUUCAAUGUGCAAGUUGAAAAUAUUGAAACAGUGAAAAGUGACAUGAAACAAAUUGUGAAAAACGAUAAUGUGAACUCAAAACAAAUUACCGAACUUGAACAAUCUGAAGGAAUGAACAUGGAGCUGAAUAACAAAGAAGACGUUGAUCCAUUGGUGAUAGAAACAACAAACGUUGAAACUAAAAUUAAUGAAAUUCAAGGUAAAAUUGUUAAAGAAUUGCGUCCGAUAUUGGUUCAACUGAACGAAGAAGGAGAACCAAGUUUAACGAAUACUCAAGACAGAAUUGACGAAGUCGAAGAAAAUGGAAAAAAAGCGAUUGAUAUGUUAAGCAAAAUAGCCAAAACGUCUGACGACUUCAGUAAGAAAGUAGCGGCAUGGAACAGUUCUAUGAUUGAUAAACUUGAAGCUCUGAGGAAUAAAAUUACAAAAGCUCAUCAAAUUGCUGACGGGAUUCGUAUAUCGAUAUCUGGUCAAGAAAACGGUACGGGCAACGCGUGUAUUCGUACGUAUCAACCAAAGUUCUUAGAACCCAGUACUAGGAAUACAAUUAUUCUUUCAUACGCUAUUAGUUCAAACGCUAGAGAUGCCUUAUUAUUUUAUCUUUCGAGCAAAACUACGGGUGAUUUCAUUGCAAUUGAAAUGGUAAACCGUAAGAUACGUUUCGUUUGGGAUGUUGGUGGUGGUGUCGGUGAGAUUACGCACCCGAUGCACAUACAAACUGCAAGUGAUCUGAACAACGACCAACACUGGUAUAGAAUUGAAGCAGAAAGAAUUCACAACUUGGGUAAACUAAUGAUCAGACCUCAAGUCGUACCCAACGGAUCACUUUUGGCUAUGGGAUCUCCGCAUACGAACAUGUCCACUGCUGGAAUGGGACGUUUGGACAUAAACGCUGAUGAUCAAAUAUGGAUUGGAGGAAUUGACAAGGCACCACUACCACCGUACUUACAUUCCAGGCAACAUGGAUUGAUUGGUUGCUUACAUCAAGUAUGGCUUGAUGGUCGACCGGUUGGUCUUUGGAAUUUCAAAUCGCAACCAUCGGGAACUUGCUCUGCGUGCAUUGAAGGGGCUGAAGAAUUGGUCGACGAUGGGUCUUUCAGAUUUUCUGGAGAUGGUUAUGCCAUAUUACAUUCCGAUACAACGACUACCUACAAUAAAUAUCUAUUCAGCGUCUCUCUGAGUUUCAAAACAUUCGAUGAAAGAUCUCUGCUAUUCCUUGUCGAAGGCUCGCAGCCCGAUCAAUACAUUGAAAUCAGAUUACAUGAUGGUAAAGUGGUAUUCCGUGUUAGUUACUCUGGAUACUCCCUUCUCGAAAUAUCAACAACAAGCCGAUACAACACUGGAAAUUGGGUUAAACUAGAAGCAACUCGAUACUUUGACAGAAAGAAGAAAUUAGAAAAAGGCGUUUUAAAAGUGGGUGGAGAAUCAAAAGAAGGUGUCCCAUCUCCUCCUCCAAAUCAAAAUGAUAUACCAGAUUUAUCUGAGUCGGAAUAUAUGAUUGGUGGCGUUCCUCCUGGCUUUAAGUCUGUAAGUGGUUUACCCAAAUCGUUUUUGGGAUGUAUGUCAGACAUUCAAAUCGCCCAACAAGGAUACAAUCCAAUGAGAGGAAUUUCAUGGGGCGUUCAGCCUACUUGUUCAGAUAAGCCAUUAUCUAUUGUGGGAUUCUAUGGAAAUGGUUAUUUGGAGCUUGUGUCGCACACGUUAAAAAAGAAAGCAUCAUUUGGAUUUAUGUUUGCUACGUUACAACAGGACGUUCUAUUAAUGUUGUCAACGACCGAAUCGCUAUCAACCGGAAUGAUGAAUACAAGUGAUAACCCAGAAGAAAUUAAUAACAAUAUCGACCAAGAAAACAAACAAAAUUACUAUUCCGUCAGUUUGAGAAGAGGUCAAGUGGACAUUAGGAUAAAUGCAGGGCUCGGAGAAGUCAGACUCGCAAGUGAAGGUUUCGAAUUUGGUGAUGGCAAGUAUCACUCCAUUAUGGUGACCAAAAAUGGAAAGAAGUUGGAGCUGCGAAUUGACGAUGUUCUGCACGCGUUCUCAUCGCUGCCCGAAGGGUCCAAUGUCGUCAAAGCGCCCGGUGUGGCUGGUGGACUGUUUUUGGGUGGACUACCGAUCGAAAUAAACACGACUGGAAAAGCCGUGUCCAGUGUGCCGUUAAUCGGUACGAUCAAGGAUGCCAUUUUCAACGACCAACUUUUGUAUUUCGAUUCACCGAUCGAGUUCGUACACGCAGCCAUCGGUCAAGUCGGGCCAGUGCCACAGAAGGAUAAUAACGUGUACAGCGAAAUCGCAUCGAUGACUUCUGCUGAAAAAUCGGUUGGCUGUAUGAAAGAGGGUAGUUUCUCGCUCGAACCCGGUGCAGUUAAGUUCGGGGACAAUCCGCACAGCUAUGUGCUCGUCACGUUCGGUAAACGCCACAACAUGCAAAAGAACUUUAAAAUGGACUUCAGAUUCAGGAGUUUCUAUCCAAACGGGCUGAUAUUCACGCUGAUUGGAACGCGAGGCAAGCAAAACAACUAUUUAAUGAUGCACUUGUACAACGGUCGUGUGCAGUUAGUGCUCAAGACACGGAAGAGAGUUGAAAUAUCCACUCAAGCUGUUUUUAAUGAUGGACUGUGGCACAAGAUUCAAUUAGUAAAAGAAAACAAAACGUUGAACUUCGCAAUUGAUUCGAUCCCGCAAGAAAAAUUGAACCUGACUAAAAAAUUGAGCCUGGGGAAUACGAUGUACGUGGGCGGUAUUCCAGAAAAUGAUAUUCAGCUACCGGAUUCAUUGAUCGUGCAAGCAUUCAAAGGAUGUAUGCAAGGGUUUUCGAUUAAUCACCAAGAAGAAGAACUGAUAAGUGAAAAAGCGAUACGUCACAAGGUCGGGCAGUGUUUCCCGCAAGUAGAAAAGGGAUCGUUCUUCCCGGGAGAUGCGUAUGCAAUUUAUAAAAACCAAUUUUACGUCGGCGCAUUGCUAGAAUUGUCGUUAGAGCUGAGAACGACACAAACCACUGCAGUCCUUCUGUCCGUGUCUGAACCUGAAGGGUAUCCGGCGUUGUCGUUAGAAUUAAACCAAGGCAAAGUGAUUAUAUCCGGCGACAUGGGUGACCGUCGACCGUUCCGCGUUGAACAAAGUUUCCAAUCGGAAUUCGCGAUAUGCGACAACAAGUGGCAUCAGAUCCAAGCGUUCUACGUGGAGGACAAACUCACUCUGAAAGUAGACCAAUUCGAGCAGAAGUAUUGGUUACUUGACAACGGGCACAUAACUGGAGCGCGCACAAACAGCCCUCUUUACAUCGGUGGAUUACCUGACUCUGCGUCCAGUGGCACGCUAGGAACGAGAGAGAAUUUCAAAGGAUGCAUAAGGAACAUGGUCAUCGGUGGAGAACGUACCGACUGGACCAACAUGGACGGUCUGCACAACAUACUGCUGGGAUCUUGUCCAUUGAUCGUCCACUAAAAUAUUCAACAUAAUUAUUCUCGUGCAUACCAUUAAUAUUGUACGCUAUAUUGUCAUUUCAUCCGAGAGUGUAGUUGCGGUAUAAUGAUAUGUAUUGCGAGAAUCAAAUAAAACGUGUCCUAUUUAUGGUACAUUAUUAUGUACCUACACUAUAUUCCGAGACUGCGCUUGUCCGUAUUCGUACGGAGGAUUUGAUUAAACUUAUAUGAUUAUUUUUUUAUAUUUUUUUUUAUUUUUAUAUUUUUUUUGUACUGUAUAUACUCGUACCAUGAUAUUAAUCAAAUCAAAAUUAAUCGUAUUGUAUUUAUGCUUGUAAAUGUAUUUUUUUUUUUUUUUUAAUAACCGUACAUGUAUAAGUAUAUAUUUAUGUAUUUUUAUUUUUAUAAUCGGCACACCCGUGUAAUUUUGUCGAUUAAUUCCUGUACUUGAUAAUGAUUUUAUUGUUUCAAUGCAUAUUUUAUAUAUGUUCUUUUAAUAUUUAAGUUAUAAUUAAGACGAAGAUAACUAUGUAAAUUUACUGUCCGUUCCAUGUUUAUUGUUAAGCCAUUGCAACAAAAAUGUAAGAGUUUUAAAACAAUUAUCAGAUUAUCUUUUAAAUUUAAAUUUCAUAUAAUUUGGGGGAAAUUAUCUUUUUAAACUUACCUUGUAUCGUUUAGAACAUUUUUAUUAAUUAUUUUUUUAAUUUCAUAUUUUGAAUUGAAUUAAAAUCUGCCAUAUGGAUUUGCUAGCAUACCGCAGUCGGUAUAGACUAUGGGUUCAUCAGUAUUAUUUUUUUUUUUUUUU